AUGCGCUCUGCGCGUGCAGCAUGGCGCCUGGGCCGCUGUGGCGCGCUGAGCUUGCCUGCGGGGAUUGUGCAGGCGCGAAGGCUGUCCGCGCAGGACUUCGAGGCACUUUCCAUCAGGGAGCUCCAGGAGUUGGCUCGUCAAAAGGGCGUGGCCUUGGAUGAUUGUUUUGAGAAGCGCGACAUGGUCGACAAGUUGAGGCAGUCAAGCAUUUCGACGUCAGAGACAAGCACCAACAAAGCAAGUGGUGGUUGUGCUGGCGAUGCCACGGACAAGGAAGUGGACUCCAUGUCGAUCGCCGAGCUGCGCAGCUUGAUCCACGAGGCCGGUCUCAGCUCACGGGAUUUGCUGGAAAGGGGAGAUUUCCUGCAGAGAGCGAAGGAGGCAAAGGCAAAGCUGAGGCACAGCAAAGGCGCUUCUGCGAGCCAGGCAAAAUCAACUCCGCGUUCGCCCAAAGCUGAUCGAAGCCAGCUGCCCUGGGAUGUCCAGCGCUACAAAGAUUUGGAAAUUGUGCUGUUCGCACGAGGUGGAUGUCCACACUGUGUUGCUGCCUUUGAUUUGCUGAAGCGGCGCGGUUUGGCAGACUUUGAGCUGCAAGACGUGGAAUGGUCGAAAGAGGCGGUGCAAGAGUUCCGCCGACUUGGCGGCAAUGGUGUGCCGCACCUGGUUUUUCUAUUCGAGGCGGACGGGCAAGAGCCUGUCAGGAUGGAAGCCUGCAAAGGGGUCGUCCACCGCUCUGAUCUGGAGAGGGUGUGCCGUGUGGUAGGCUUGGGCGACCAUGCAGCAACCAUAUGGCAAGCGUUAAGGCCUGCGAGUGGUCCGCAGCAUCCCCUUGAGAUCUGUGACCUUGAGCCCUACGAGGCGGCGAACCUGUACGCGUUCACAGAGGAAGUGUUCAAGUUGCUGGGGUAUCACCUCAAUCGCGCUUGGGGCCUGCUGACCAGCGGAUCGUCAGGCGAUACGGAGGUGAAAUCCAUCAGCCUGGAGCAGUUUCAAGAGGCUUACUCCAGGCUGGGUUUGAGCGGAGAUGCAGACUUGAUUUUCCGUGGCUUGGUGAGCUUCAACCAAGACGGGUCUGAUGGAAGGCUGUGGAAAGAAGAGUUGGGCUACGCCUGGUUCUUGACGAUAAAGGCUGCAACUAUCCGGACUGUACCAGCGAGCCGUCGACCGCAGGGGUGGGAGGCCAGCGGAUGCCGUCACGCUGCACAGCUGCUGGCUGCUUUAGGUUUCCGAGAUGAGGUCCCACGGCCUGCGAGCAUGGUUGCUCGUUUGGAGACGUUCGGUUUCUCCGCGAGUCUACUGGGCGCGGCGCUGGAAUUGGUUGCUUGCGAGGUGCCUGGCCUGCGACAAGGUUUGACGUCUGCACUGUCUGGCCAACGGCAUGUCGUUUCAAAACCGGGGACGCCUGUCGGGAUGCAACGUCGGGCAAAUUCGACCGGUGCUGGCGGGAGGCCCAACAUGCCAGAAUGGGACGACUCAAAGACGCUCCCCAAGCGAGUUCGUGCGCCCUUUUCGCCCUUCAUUGCCAAGAAGUACCACCAAAGGACAGACUGGCUCAUGGGCGGGGCUUGGCGCGACUCGCCGAGCAAGCCCCCCUUCAAUCCAUCAGCAAGGUACGAGUCAGACCCGACGCCUCGCACAACAAGAGGCUAUGUGGUGAACAGCCAGCCUUCACAGACAGCGACGGCAGACUCUACCGCAGAAAGUGCCAACCCCGAGAACACUCCAACAUCGACUCAACGAGUGGAUGCUGCAACUCAAGCAGGCAAAGCUGUUGCAAUCUGCAUUCCCAAGCGAGAUGGCGCCGGAAGAUGGAGCGGGUCUGCUGGGGUGAGCUCUCUAAGGACAAGCUCGCUGAGCAGCUGA